UGUGUUUUACACGGUCGGAGGUAAUAUCUGCUCAGUGAUUUAGAUUUAAGAUACCGCAUUUCAAACAGUCGUCUCAUUCAAAUCCACGUGUCUUUAUAAAAUACACCUUAAAUCAGAAUGUGCUUGUUUAACACUGUGAACUAAUGAAAACCUCUAUAUGAAGUCGUGGCUAUACAACGAGCAUCUGGCAACCCUCUGAAGGUGACGCGCUCUCGGUGUGAUACAGUUGUGGUGAGCACAGCGUCGAGACGUCCAGAGUGUCGCAUUUUAAAGCGGUGAAUGGACCAGCUCAAGCGAAUGGCACGUCUGUGCGGUGGUCCUCGUCUACAAAGAGUUUUUGUGUAACCCUCUAAUCGUCUGUCGUGACGGAUCUACCAGACCAGGCCUGAUGGGUUCAGGGACUCGACGAGAGCUGCGUACAGCAGAUCCCAACCUCCACUCUCUCCGCCACGGCCAGUCCUGAGUAUUGGGCAUUCACCUCAACACACUUUGCCCGACCACACCUUCCCUUUAUCUGCUUCUUCCCUGUCUGUGUCCUCCCCUGGCUCCUCCACCAGCCCUCCCGCACACCCCCGAGAUGAUCGGCAAGUUAAAGCAGAACUUACUAGUGGCCUGUCUGGUCAUCAGCUCCGUCACGGUCUUCUAUCUGGGUCGCCAUGCCAUGGAGUGCCAUCACCGGAUAGAGGAGCGCAGCCAGCCCCUGUUGAGCAGCUUGCACACCACCCUCCGAACGGGGCAAAACCUCAGCACCCCUUUCAUCUACAAUAAAGACAUGCCUCUUAUAUUUAUCGGCGGCGUCCCUCGCAGUGGCACGACUCUAAUGCGGGCUAUGCUGGACGCUCAUCCCGAUGUGCGCUGUGGGGAAGAAACCCGCGUAAUCCCUCGAAUUCUGGCCAUGAAGCAGAUGUGGAGCCGCUCUGGCCGGGAGAAAAUGCGUUUAGAUGAAGCCGGAGUGACAGAUGAGGUCUUGGACUCCGCCAUGCAAGCUUUCCUACUAGAGAUCAUCGUAAAACACGGGGAACCUGCCAACUACCUGUGUAAUAAAGACCCGUUUGCUCUUAAAUCACUCACUUAUCUGGCCAAGAUCUUCCCCCAUGCUAAGUUCAUCCUCAUGAUCCGUGACGGCAGGGCCUCCGUCCACUCCAUGAUCUCCCGCAAGGUCACCAUCGCCGGCUUUGACUUGAGCAGCUACCGGGACUGUCUUACAAAGUGGAACCGGGCCAUAGAGACAAUGUACACUCAGUGCCUGGAGGCAGCGGACAAGUGUCUGCCCGUGCACUACGAACAGCUCGUCCUGCACCCUGAAAAGUGGAUGAGGACGCUUCUUAAAUUCCUCAACAUUCCUUGGAACGAUGCAGUUCUGCACCAUGAGGAGCUCAUUGGGAAAGCAGGCGGCGUUUCGCUCUCCAAGGUCGAGAGAUCUACAGACCAGGUGAUCAAGCCUGUCAACGUGGAGGCCUUAUCUAAGUGGGUGGGCAAAAUCCCUCUGGAUGUGCAGCGGGACAUGGCUGUCAUCGCCCCCAUGCUGGCCAGGCUCGGCUAUGAUCCCCACGCCAACCCUCCCAACUACGGCCGGCCCGACCCCCUAGUCCUGGACAACACCAGAAGGGUCUUUAGGGGUGAAUUUCAGCUACCUGAUUUUCUUAAAGAACAGACACAGCUUCAGAAGUCUCCAGAAAAGCCAAACCCGAGUUAAGAGGAGAGGACGAGAGCUUUAUCAGUAGAAGGCUGAGGAGAAGCAGACACUGUGGGACCAUGAUGGACUCUAGUCACCCCGCUAUGCUGGGACCUCCAUGCAUGGAAACACACAAAUACACACACAAACAAACAAACAAACACACACACAGUCAGGCCGCUGGACCCAGAUGCUUUUUGAGGACAGUUUUGGCCUUUGAUGUUGUACUGUAUCAAUUGUGGCCUAAGAAUGUCAUUGCUGUUCUGAAUUGAGUGUUUUCUUCUUUGCUUUCCCCACACUGUAUUCUUUUUCUCUUUCAGCAAUUGUUUUUUUUCUGGCUAUACAUAAACCUGUGAUUCUGUUAUAAGAAAAUACAGUGGAUUAAACUAGCAACAAGGAACUAUUUAUGGAGGAGCGUUUAGCUUUUAGAUGACGCUGUUUUAAUGUGGGUUUUAAUUUUUUAUGCCUUUGUAAUGUGCAAUUCCUCGGGUACUGAAUGAUGUGUGGGAUUACGAACAGACGCGUGUUUUUAAGAUAGAGUGACCUGUGUGUUUGGCGAGGGAAUGAACGCUGGAGGCUCGUUGACGGAGAAGCGCACAUCACUGAUGUUUGUUGUUGUUUUUACAAUUGUUAUUUUUGUACUUAAGUGUAAAUCAUUAUUAUGUACUCUUUUAUUUCUUUGGAUGAAAUAAACCCCUGAGCGCUGUUGGCAGUCAACAUCAGACUCUUACAUUGACAGCAGGACAUGUUUA